UUUUCCCGUUUCUUUUCCUUUCCUUAAUCCUGCGCUCGGACUGGUUGAGAACUACGUCUCCCAGCUUGCUCAGCUCAGGGAGUAGCCAAGUGGGUGGAGGAAGGCCCCCAGUUCCCGGAGUCAGCAAGGCUGCUGGGAUAUGGAGUCCGUUUCCUCUCGGUAGUACGUAACCAAUGGUUUGUAGGAGUCACGUAAACAAACUUCAAUUCCCGGCGGGCUCCGCGCACAGCAGGUCAGGACUAGGCUGGGGCCGGGUUCGCGGUGCUGGCUGAGGCGGCGGCGGCUACGGCUGACAGAGCCGGGCCGGAGCCCGCGGCAAAGGCCGCGGCUGGUACUGGGAAGGUGGCGGGGAAGGACGGGGCAGGAAGAUGGCGACGUCAGGGGCGAACGGGCCCGGCUCGUCCACCGCCUCAGCUUCCAAUCCGCGCAAGUUUAGUGAAAAGAUCGCGCUGCAGAAGCAGCGUCAGGCCGAGGAGACGGCGGCCUUCGAGGAGGUGAUGAUGGACAUCGGCUCCACCCGGUUACAGGCCCAGAAACUGCGACUGGCAUACACAAGGAGCUCCCAUUAUGGCGGUUCUCUCCCCAACGUGAACCAGAUUGGCUGUGGCCUGGCCGAGUUCCAGAGCCCCCUCCAUUCACCUUUGGAUUCAUCUCGGAGUACUCGACACAACGGGCUAGUGGAACGGGUGCAGAGAGACCCCCGCAGGAUGGUGUCCCCGCUCCGCCGAUACCCCCGUCACAUUGACAGCUCUCCCUACAGUCCUGCCUACUUAUCUCCUCCCCCAGACUCCAGCUGGCGAAGGACGAUGCCCUGGGGUAAUUUCCCAACAGAGAAGGGGCAGUUGUUUCGACUCCCAGCUGCACUUAACAGGACAAGCUCUGACUCUGCCUUGCACACAAGCGUCAUGAAUCCUAGCCCGCAGGACACUUACCCAGCCCCCACACCUCCCAGCAUCCUGCCUGGCCGCCGCGGGGGAGGAUUUCUGGAUGGCGAGAUGAACUCCAAAGUCCCUGCAAUUGAGGAAAAUCUGCUGGAUGACAAACAUUUGCUGAAGCCAUGGGAUGCUAAGAAGCUGUCCUCCUCCUCCUCGCGGCCUCGGUCCUGUGAAGUCCCUGGAAUUAACAUCUUCCCAUCUCCUGACCAGCCUGCCAAUGUGCCUGUUCUCCCACCUGCCCUGAACACGGGGGGCUCCCUACCUGACCUCACCAACCUGCACUUUCCCCCGCCACUGCCCACCCCCCUGGACCCUGAAGAGACGACUUACCCCAGCUUGAGUGGGGGCAACAGUACCUCCAAUCUGACCCAUACCAUGACCCACCUGGGCAUCAGUGGGGGCCUGGGCCUGGGCCCUGGCUAUGAAGCCCCAGGACUUCAUUCACCUCUCAGCCACCCAUCCCUGCAGUCUUCCCUAAGCAAUCCCAACCUCCAGGCCUCCCUGAGCAGCCCUCAGCCCCAGCUCCAGGGCUCCCAUAGUCACCCUUCCCUGCCCGCCUCCUCCCUGGCCCACCAUGCACUGCCCACCACCUCCCUGGGCCACCCCUCACUCAGUGCCCCAGCCCUUUCUUCCUCUUCUUCCUCCUCAACUUCAUCUCCUGUACUGGGUGCCCCUCCUUACCCAGCUUCUGCCCCUGGGGCUUCCCCCCGCCACCACCGCCGAGUGCCCCUCAGCCCCCUGAGUUUGCCCGCGGGCCCAGCCGACGCCAGAAGGUCCCAACAGCAGCUGCCCAAACAGUUUUCGCCAACAAUGUCACCCACCUUGUCUUCCAUCACUCAGGGCGUUCCCCUGGAUACCAGUAAACUGCCCACUGAUCAGCGACUGCCCCCGUACCCAUACAGCCCUCCGAGUCUGGUUCUGCCCACUCAGCCACCUACCCCUAAGGCUCUCCAACAGCCAGGAGGGCUGUCCUCCCAGGCCUGCUCGGGGCAGCCCCCAGGCAGACCGCCACAUUAUGGGGCGCUGUGCCCACCUGGCUCCAGUGGGCACGGACAGCAGGCUUACCACCGGCCAAUGAGUGACUUCAGCCUGGGAAACCUGGAGCAGUUCGGCCUGGAGAGCCCGUCGACCAGCCUGGCACUGGAUCCCCCUGGCUUUACUGAAGGGCCUGGAUUUUUAGGGGGUGAAGGGCCUGUGAGUGGCUCCCAGGACCUGCACACUCUGAACCACCAAAACCUGACCCACUGUUCCCGCCACGGCUCAGGACCCAACAUCAUCCUCUCGGGAGACACUUCCCCAGGUUUCUCCAAGGAGAUCGCAGCAGCCCUAGCUGGGGUCCCUGGCUUUGAGGUGUCUGCAGGCGGGUUGGAGCUGGGCCUGGGGCUGGAUGACGAGCUGCGCAUGGAGCCGCUGGGCCUAGAAGGUCUCAACAUGCUGAGUGACCCCUGUGCCCUGUUGCCAGACCCUGCUGUGGAGGACUCAUUCCGCAGUGACCGGCUCCAGUGAGGGCACCUCACCACCAUCCUUGACCGCCCGUCAUCCCCCAUCACUGUCCCUUUCCCUCCCUUCCCCCUGGCCAGUAGACUCUCUGUCCCCACCCCCACACCCCAAGAUCCUCUUUCCAAAAUGAAUGAAGGAUCCCAAGAAUGAGAAAAGCAGGGGGUUUGUCCCGGUGGCCCCUGAAUUCUGCAUAGCGGGUGGGCCUGGGGGAGCUCAAGGGAGGGCCGAAAGCACUUGUAACUUUGAACCGUCUGUCUGGAGGUCAGAGCCUGUUGGAAAGCAGGGGCGGAGGGAACCCCGGAGGCAGGGCUCGGCCGGGUUCCUAGGGGUGGGCAGUGCCAGCCCCUCCUAACUACUCUUCCCCUUUGCAAUGGAGGAGAGAGCCAGAGUGGAUAUUAUUUUUUAUUAAAUAUAUUAUAU